AUGCUGCCGCGCGGCUCUGAGCUUGUGAGGGAGAGGACUCCUCUCAGUGGAUCAGAAGCGGGGAGCGCUCUCUGUGCUUCUCACGGACCGCCGCUAGCAUCGGAUGACUACCUAGGUUUCCUCUAGUGAUUCUUCCUGUUGUGUAGACCUCGGGGUGAUUACAGGCUCCCGCGAGUACACUGUCCUCCAGUCCUCCGUGCGUCGGUGACGUUAAGGCUCCUACUGAACACCCUUGGACUAUAAAAAAAAGCCUAUUAAACAUUUGGGGAGGACUUUUCCUGCUUUGCCAAGAUGGGAAACGGACAAUCGGAUCACUCGUUGUUCCCGUGCCUGGCGCCCUUUCAGGCGCUCCACAUUGUCAUUUUAGGACUGGACUGUGCGGGCAAGACCACUGUCCUGUACCGCCUACGGUUCAAUGAGUUCGUAAACAGUGUUCCAACUAAGGGUUUUAACACAGAAAAGAUCAAGAUGUCCCUCGGAGUCUGCCGACGGACAGUGUCCUUCCACUUCUGGGAUGUAGGUGGUCAGGAGAAGCUGCGUCCUUUGUGGCGCUCGUACACGAGAUGUGCAGAUGGCAUCGUGUUUGUGGUGGACUCUGUGGAUGCUGAGCGCAUCGAGGAGGCCAAGACCGAGCUGCACAAGGUCACCCGGUUGACUGCGAACCAGGGCGUUCCAGUUCUGGUGGUGGCUAACAAACAGGACCUGAGGAACUCGCUGAGCAUGGCUGAGAUGGAGAGCAUGUUAGCUCUCAGUGAGCUCAGCCGUGCCACAGACUGGUACCUUCUGCCUGCUUGUGCUAUCAUUGGGGAGGGACUGCAGGAAGGUCUGGAGAAGCUGUAUGUCAUGAUCAUGAAGAGGAGAAAGAUGCUGCGGCAACAGAAGAAGAAGAGAUGACGUGCUAACGAAGGGAAGUCUAGAAUAGGAGUUGCAUCUAGUUGCAUAAGAACUACUCUGAGCUUGCUGGCCCAUGAUGAUCAGCUUCUCUUUGGAAUCUGAUUAUGAGUGCCUUACAGCAGCCAACCUGAACAGCCAACCUGAACAGACAGUUAUCUCAGCCAGAGGACAGUGAGAUGGAUUUUGGCCUGUGGACUUUGGAUGCCAACCAUUCCGUCAGCAACAGUCAAUCACAGAGAAAGUCCAGUAUUCUGCUGCCCCUCAGAAAGCUAGGACGUCCACACUGAACCUUUUGUGGAGAAGAAGCUUAGAUUUCUCUGUUUAUGUUCUUUGUUGAAAUGUGUCCCUUCCAUUGGAAUCAACGCUUCGAAUGUUAGUAGAGGAACAAUUGCUUUGUAUCAAUGUUGCACAAUGGAGAGGGGGGGUUAUAUAAAGAGUAAACUUUAGUAAGAGCAGGAUGUACAAUGUGCCAGAUUUGCCAUUUGCAGUAAAUAAUAAAGUAUCAGUCAUUCAUUUCUAGAUAAAAAUCUUAAAUUAUUGCUAUUUAAAAUCGAUUAUGAAUUCAGGGUUAACUUAUCUGCAUAUAUAAACCUAUAUUCUGGGAAA